UGCUUGGCACUCAGCAGGGUCUGUUCCUUUAAGACCCUCCAUUUUCUUGAAGCCUAGAGGCGGGCCUUCUCUCUAAAACAUAGGGCUAGCUCCGGCAUGUCUCAUUCAUUCCAGCUCCAGCCACCACAGUGACCAGAUCCACAGGACUUCUUAAAGCUAAUACAGACUGCAAAUCUGAUAAAUACCAAAGCCUUUUUACCGCACUUUCAUUAUAUCUCAGUAAAGAUUACAUCAGUUAAGCAAACCAGCGUGUCUUUCCUUGAGAUUCGGUAUAAACUUGAUGUGAAGCUGUGUCCACGAGACAGCGGAGACAUUAUAGUAAAAAGGCUUUUAAAACGUUAUCAGAAGCAGUUAAUCAGCUUUGAAUCGUCCGCAGCAGUAAAAAAGACUCAUAAAUCCUGUGCCCUGCAGUCUGUGUCGGAGUAAGGGCGCGAAGCACUAGAAAGUGAAACUAAUUCUCUCACGUGCUAUAUCACCGCUGUGCUGUGUCCAGUCAUCAUCAUUAUCUACGCUGCCAGCUAAAUCAAGAUGCAGAACCCAGAGAACAGCACUCUGACAGUUAACCCUCAAUGCUCCUAUAAAGAGGAAGACACCUUGCCAAGAAGUAGAUCUAGGUGCACAACAUUGUCUAGAGCGUCCAGUCAAACAAAUCUAACUUCGGUUAGUGCCGAUGCAUCAAGAUUUAAACGCCAUAGUUCUAGACACUCAAGCACCACCAGCCUGUCAUCCGCUAGCGCCAUAGCAACUAAGGCAAGAGCGAAAGCAGAGGCAGCUUGUGCAAUGGCGUCCUAUGCAAAGCAGGAAGCUGAAUUGAUGAAAGAACAAGCAAAAAGUGAAUCUGAAGCACUUAGAAGAGAAGCUGAAUUGAUGAAAGAACAAGCAAAAAGUGAAUCUGAAGCACUUAGAAGAAAAGCUGAAGCACUUAGAAGAAAAGCUGAAGUGCAAGCAUCUUUACACUUACUGCAACAGCAGAAAAACGCUGCAGCAGCCUUAGCCGAGGCAGAAGUUCUCACAAGGGCUGCUGAAGCUCAGUUCGCUGACAUAGAAACCCAGAUGUCACCCCUCAGCGCAAGCCAACGUAACCGUGAGUACAUACAGUCACAAGCAACCAUGUACACUGACCAGCAGUUCAAUUAUGCACCAAGACCAUCAUUGACUCCACCAGCAAUAAGCAACUUUGAUACUAUGCAACACUGCAAGACUGAAUCAGAACCUCAGGGUAGGAAGUCAAGUGGUCGCAUGCUCAGAGACCAAUCUGCCAACCUGACAAGAGUGCAAACGGAUGCUGAUGUACUCCCUCCUCAAGCAAAUACAAGUCUGGAUUAUAGCAGAAAGACUUACAAUAGAGGAGAACAAAGCAGACUUAGUCAAGUACCUCAUCAGCCUUACCAGCCGCAGCCAUACCCUGAGUUUACACCCAGGAAGUAUUCACCAGAUGCAGCAAGAGUUACAGAGGUAGCAAGAUUCCUGAUGCACCGUGAGAUAGUGAGCGCUGGUCUCAUGAAAUUCGACGACUGUCCUGAAAACUACUGGGCCUGGAAGUCAUCUUUCCUAAGCGGUACCCAAGACUUAGAUCUGACAGACAGAGAAAAGCUUGAUCUGCUCGUCAAAUGGCUAGGACCAGAGUCCACUGAGCAAGCCCAAAGAAUCAGAUCAGUACAUGUUCAUGAUGCAGCAGCAGGACUUGCAAUGGUGUGGAGGAGACUAGAACACUGCUAUGGGUCACCUGAAGUGAUUGAAGAUGCUCUUCUGAAGAGGAUAGAAAACUAUCCAAGAAUGACAAACAAAGACAAUCAAAAGCUGAGAGGGUUUGGGGACCUACUCUUAGAAAUAGAAGCCGCUAAGUCUAGUGGAUAUCUGCCAGGUCUCUCAUACUUAGAUACAGCACGUGGAGUUGAUCCCAUAAUCGAGAAACUUCCUUUCAACUUGCAGGAAAGGUGGGUCCCUCAAGCAUCAAGAUACAAGAAAGAACAUCGAGUCGCAUUUCCAUCAUUUGCCUUCCUUGCUGAAUUCAUCGUAGACCAAGCUGAAACACGCAAUGAUUCAAGCUUUGCUUUCCUGAACAAGAGAACUGCAAGCUCCCCAAAGGUAGAGCAAAAACAUCCAACGCCUUACAAAGAACGCAGAGCAACAGUUUCUGUACGGAAGACAGAAGUCUCGCCUGAGUCUGCAGUCAAUCAGGAAGACAACACAAGUAAGAAAGUUGAGGAGCCAGACAAAAUAUGUCUCAUCCACAACAAGCCUCAUCCACUAAGAAAAUGUCGCAGUUUCAGAAGUAAGACGUUAGAAGAGCGCAAAGCUUACCUUAAAGACAAUCACAUUUGUUUCAGAUGUUGCUCUUCAAUUCAGCAUCUUGCAAAAGACUGUACAAAAACAAUAAAAUGCACAGAGUGCAACAGUGACAAACACCUGUCAGCACUACACCCAGGACCACCACCAUGGAAACAAGAAGUUCCAGCAACUCAAGAAGAUCAUGGUGGGGAGCAAGGCGAGAGUACAACGCCAGCAGUAACCUCAAAGUGUACUGAGAUCUGUACAGAGCAGGGCCGCCCCAGAUCAUGUUCCAAGAUAUGCUUAGUCAAGGUGUAUACUGCAGGCUUCAGAGAAAAAGCAAUCAAGAUGUACACAGUCUUGGAUGAACAGAGUAACAGAUCUCUGGCAAAAACAGAGUUCUUUGACCUCUUCGGUGACAAAGGAAGUCCAACUCCAUACACCCUGAAAACUUGUUCUGGAGUUGUAGAGACAACAGGGAGAAGAGCAAACAACUACAUCAUUAAGUCAUUAGAUGGAAAGACAAAGGUGACUCUUCCUACCCUCAUAGAAUGUGAUGAGAUACCAGACGACAGGUCAGAGAUCCCCACACCUGAAGUUGCUCGUCAUCACCCCCAUCUGGUGCGAAUAGCAGACCAGAUACCAGCACUAGAUCCAGAUGCUGCAAUCAUCCUUCUACUUGGGAGAGAUAUCCUCAAAGUGCACAAAGUCAGAGAACAGUACAAUGGGCCACACAAUGCACCAUUUGCACAACGCCUUGAUCUCGGAUGGGUCAUCGUUGGAGAAGUAUGUCUAGAUGGACUCCACAAACCAGAAAAGGUAAAUGUCUACAGAACACAUCUAUUACAGAAUGGUCGUACAUCUUGUCUUUGCCCAUGUACCAACAGUCUACACAUUAAAGAGAGACUUGUAAACCCAACACAUCAUCGGAGUAUCCAGAGGUGCAUGGAAGACUUAGCCUCAACUGGAGAUACAGAUGAACUGGGCGGUAAGGUGUUUGAAAGAACACGAGAUGACGACAAGCCAGCACCCUCUGUGGAAGAUACUCUCUUCCUUGAGAUCAUGGACAGAGAAGUCUUCAGAGACAAAUCAGGCGGCUGGGUAGCCCCUCUACCCUUCCGGUCACCACGCCAUCGCCUUCCUCACAACAAGGUACAAGCAGAGAAACGCUUCACCUCGUUGCAGCACAUGCUACAAAGAAAGCCAAAUAUGAAGAAACACUUCCAAGCCUUCAUGCAGAAGAUCUUUGAUAACGAUCAAGCUGAAAGGGCACCACCACUACAAGAGAACCAAGAACACUGGUACUUACCAAUAUUUGGGGUGUACCAUCCUCAGAAACCGGGCCAGAUACGCGUAGUAUUUGACUCUAGUGCGAAGCACAAAGGCAUCUCACUAAAUGAUGUCCUUCUCAGCGGACCUGACCUGAACAAUACACUCCUUGGAGUACUCAUCAGGUUCAGAAAAGAACUCAUAGCAAUGACCACCUUGAACAAGCCAAGGUCACGAUCAUCAGAUGCAUCCAGCAGGAAGUCUUUAAAGAAGAGAUUUCUCAACACAAUUUACUCAAGGACUUGUAUACCAAGCAAUGGAAACAAGUUCAAAGUCUUGCGGACAUUUUCUGGAAGAGGUGGAGACAGGAAUACCUGAUAAUAU